ACAGAUAACUGAAGUUUGAUCUGAAAAGUCAAAGUUUGUGAUUUCUUUUUUUCUGUACCACAUUUUUUUGUUGUUGUUAUUUAUGUUGCACACAUAACCAAAUGAGAAACAUCAAAAUUCAGUCACUCACCAUGCACAUAUACUCUAUAUAGCCCUUCCCCAUCAUCUCUGCAAUUACUUUCCAAUCUGUGAGUUGGGUAUUUCUCUCUCUCUCUCUCUCUCUCUCUCUCUCUCUGUUUUUCAACAUGGAAAAGUUCUAUGUUGUUUUUCUUGUUUUCUCUGUUUUCUUCUUUCUUCCAUUCUUUCAUGGUGGAUUAGAAUUAGCCAUGGCUAAAACAACCCAAGAUGGAUCUGAACAGUGGGGUUAUGUUCAAGUCAGACCCAAAGCCCACAUGUUCUGGUGGUAUUACAGGAGUCCAUACAGAGUUGAAGAUCCAGAAAAGCCCUGGCCAAUAAUUCUCUGGUUACAGGGUGGACCAGGUGCUUCAGGGGUUGGAAUUGGGAAUUUUGAAGAGGUUGGACCAUUGGACACUGAUUUGAAGCCUAGGAAUUCAACAUGGCUGAGAGAAGCUGAUCUCUUGUUUGUGGAUAAUCCAGUUGGAACUGGAUUCAGUUUUGUGGAGGAUACAAAGCUGUUUGUGAAAACUGAUGAAGAGGCAGCAACUGAUUUGACUAUGUUGUUGAUGGAGAUCUUCAACAAGAAUGAGUCUCUUCAAAAGAGUCCUCUAUACAUUGUAGCAGAGUCCUAUGGAGGAAAAUUUGCUGCGACUCUUGGAUUGUCUGCUCUAAAGGCUAUUGAAUCUGGAAAAUUGAAGCUUAUUCUUGGAGGAGUUGCAUUGGGAGAUAGUUGGAUCUCACCAGAAGAUUUUGUGUUCUCAUGGGGUCCUCUUCUCAAAGAUGUGUCAAGACUUGACAGCAAUGGUGCCCAGAAAUCAAACAGUUUAGCUCAGCAAAUUAAGCAGCAAAUCGACAAUGGCCAAUUCGAAGACGCCACAAACUCAUGGAGUGCACUUGAGGAUGUGAUUAGCUCCAGCAGUAAUUCUGUCGAUUUCUAUAAUUUUUUGUUGGAUUCGGGGAUGGACCCAGUGUCAUUGACAGCUUCUGAGCUAUCAAUGGGAAUUGCUAUGAAGCGAUACUCGAGAUAUCUUGAUUCCUUGAAGUCUUCUUCUCCUGGUGGUGGUGUUAAUCUUGAUAGCCUCAUGAAUGGAGCCAUCAAAAAGAAGCUAAAGAUUCCAGAAAAUGUGCAAUGGGGAGGACAGUCAGAUCUUGUUUUCACAGCACUUGCUGGUGAUUUUAUGAGGCCAAGGAUCAGUGAGGUUGAUGAACUCUUAGCUAAAGGAGUCAAUGUGACUGUAUACAAUGGGCAACUUGAUGUCAUUUGUGCAACCAAGGGGACUGAAGCAUGGGUUGAGAAGCUAAAGUGGGAAGGUCUCAAAACUUUUUUGAGCAUGGAUAGAACUCCCAUCUACUGUGGAGACGAUAGAGUGACAAGGGGGUUCAUGAAAUCGUACAGAAACUUGCACUUCUACUGGAUUCUUGAAGCCGGCCACUUUGUACCCGUUGAUCAGCCAUGCGUGGCAUUGAACAUGGUAGGUACGAUCACACAAUCACCCAUUUCAUUACUUCCAAGUAAAUGAAAUAUAUAGAUGGAUAGAUUUAAAUCAGACGGAGACUGAGUGAGUGAGUCAACGUGCAAAUAAAUACAGAUUGAUCAGACGCUGCUGCUGUGAUUCAUCACCAUCAUCAGUGAUGGUUGCAAUUUAUUAUGAUAGGAUGUUUCACACCGAAUAAAUGAAGUGUGUUUCAUUAGGUAUCAAUCUAUUUUAUGAAGAAUUAGGAAAGUAUUUCCAAAAAAAAAAAAAAAAAUACAUUCAAAUAAUGGAAAUGAAUUGUUCGGUGUCAAUUGUUUUUUUCUUUUUGAAAAAAAAAAAAAAUUGGUUUUUUCUUUAUCUUGUGUUUAUUAUUAGGGAAAUUCCAAGUGAUGGAAACUAGAAAAGUAAUUACAAAAAUAUAAAGGUGAAAGGAGAUUUGUGCUUUGGUAGUACAAGUGACAAUUUUUGACAUCACUUGCAUCUGUAUAUUUUUUAUGAUUAUUUUUUCUUUUUUCUUUUUACUGAUUUGUAUCCCCAAUUAUGUAUGUGGAAAUGUAAUUUCCCGAAAUUAUGGAAAAUGUCUUUGUGCCUGAGCUUUCCUGUU